UGAAACGCGGGAAAUUAACAAUAUAUUUUGGAUGACAGAAUCCGCGGACGGAAAGCUGAGUCCGCUGAAGCCAAACGUGAUGACAGUGAAUUGCACCGUCGCGUUCAUGGCACAGUGCGUCUCCUGGAACAAAUGUCGGGCGUCCUGCCAGAGCAUGGGCGCCACGAGCUACAGGUGGUUCCACGACGGUUGUUGCGAAUGCGUAGGCAACACGUGCAUAAACUACGGGAUCAACGAGUCGAGAUGCACGCAAUGUCCGCUGGAGAAGGAGGGUGAGACGGACGAGUACAACGAUUACGGUCAGGACGAGGAGGGGCUGGGCGAGGACGGAAUGGAUUAGCUAUCAGUUUUAAUUUUUUU